CUAUACAAGUCACGAGAUAGAGCAAAAGAUACUGUGAUAUUUAUAUCCACUCGCAGAGUACUGAACGUGUGGUUCACGCGCCUUUCUUCAGAUCGCGCCAUUAAAACCUGGUAUCGUCUCCUUCCUCAGUUCCUUCCCUCUCUCUGCCGUCUUGCAAAAUUCUCCAACCCCAGCUCUAUUUUCCAACAAUGGCGCGAAAGUCCUCGCUCCUCAAGCGAACCCUAGCUUCUCUCUGCUUUGUUCUCGCCGUUUAUGCUAUCGUCAACACCUUCAUCAGCUCCUCCGCCACUCUCAAGCUCGACCGCUCCUUCCCCUUCAGCGCUGCCAAUUCUGUCAUGGUUUCGGAUGAAAUUGGGUCCCAAGAGAGUGAUCUUCUCAAUAGUUCAGGAAAAACGGUUUCGUCUGUGAAGAUUUACCUCUACGAUGUGCCGAUGAGAUUUACGUACGGUGUAAUUGAGCACCAUGGCAUAGCGCGCGGGGGAAAACCCGUCGAGAAACUCACGGAGCUUAAAUAUCCGGGCCACCAGCACAUGGCGGAAUGGUUUUUGUUCUUGGAUCUGCUGCGACCGGAGUCCGAGCGUGUUGGGUCUGCUGUGGUUAAGGUGUUGGAUCCUGAGGAGGCGGAUUUGUUCUUUGUACCAUUCUUCUCGUCCCUGAGCUUGAUCGUGAACCCUGUCCGACCUGCAACGGGGCCGAAUCAGGAGCAGCGGAAACUUGUGUACAGUGACGAGGAGACGCAGGAUGCGUUCAUGGAGUGGUUGGAGAAGCAGGAGUACUGGAAGCGGAACAACGGGCGGGAUCACGUCAUCAUAGCGCAGGACCCGAAUGCAUUAUACAGGGUGAUCGAUAGGGUUAAAAACAGUAUCUUGCUCGUGUCAGAUUUUGGGCGGUUGAGGUCGGACCAAGCGUCGCUUGUUAAGGACGUGAUUUUACCAUACUCCCAUAGGAUCAAUACUUAUAACGGUGACAUUGGAGUUGAGAAUCGCAAGACUUUAUUGUUCUUUAUGGGCAAUCGAUACCGUAAAGAGGGAGGAAAAAUACGUGAUAUGUUUUUCCAAAUACUUGAGAAAGAACAGGAUGUCAUAAUCAAACAUGGAACACAAUCGAGAGAGAGUCGGCGUGCUGCUACACAUGGGAUGCAUACAUCUAAGUUCUGCUUGAAUCCUGCUGGCGACACUCCCUCUGCGUGUCGACUCUUUGAUUCUGUAGUAAGCUUAUGUGUUCCAGUUAUUAUCAGUGAUAGUAUUGAGUUGCCUUUUGAAGAUGUUAUAGAUUACUCCAAGAUUGCAGUAUUUUUCGAUUCGGUUUCUGCUGUGAAGCCUGGAUUUUUAGUUUCAAAACUGAGGAAAAUAUCUGAAGAGAGGAUUCUGGAGUAUCAGAGGGAAAUGAAAGAGGUAAAGAGGUACUUUGAGUAUUCAGACUCAAAUGGCACAGUGGGCGAAAUAUGGCGUCAAGUCUCGCAGAAGUUACCUCUAAUUAAGCUAAUGAUUAAUCGCGAAAAGAGGAUCGUUCAGAGAUAUGUUAACGAACCAGACUGCUCUUGUCUCUGUUCAAACCAAACUGGCAUCAGGGCCAUACUAUAAUAAUUUAUUUAUGAAUUUCUGGUAGAGUCUAAGUCGCCCUAAAAAUGGCACGCCAGCUACGAGACUUCCAAGGGGGAGGAAAUUGAGGAUGUAGUUACAUGUCUAACUUCCCGUAUUCCUCAGUUGAGCUGGCUUUUCUUCUAACCAGGCAGGUAUAGGUUGCCAUAUUUAUACGCCUAUUCAAGUAUUACUUCACUUCUCUUUACUGUUGAGUUGGUUAUGUAGAACUGACAUAGCCAUACAAAAAUCUGGUAAUAGUGUAAUUAUUUGUUCAUUUUUUGUGCAUUGUACAGAAUAAGGGUCCGUUUAAUCCUCGAUAUUCGACUGAAACUGUUUUCUUCCCUUUUCCCUUGGUUGUAGUAGGCUUGAGAUAGACAGUGGGGCAUUAGAAACAUCUCCAACAAGCAACUUGGUCUUUUACUUGGUAAAUUUGAUAAGUAUUGUAGAUUACAUUUCAAAUCA